AUGGAAGCAAGAGCCACAGAAGCAGCAAAUCAAGCUGAGAAAUUUGCACAGAAGUUGGGAAUAAAAUUACCAGGAUACCAACGAAUAUUCGCGGAUCAUGAAGAUGCAAAUAAUCGAUCGCCACAAACGGGAAGUUCCAGAACGGACACAGAUAAAAGUAGUCUCGAAACUCUCAACACAGAUGACGCAAUAUGGCUGUCACAGAAUCAUUCCGAUACUAGCAGAAAUCCGCUCGAGGAAGAGUUCAUAUGCAGAACUAUCAAACCAAGUCAAAUGAAUAGAUUUUGGGGAGAUGAAGAAGAAGUACUGUACAGUCUAUGA